AUGUCCGACACCUUGCUGAAGGCCGAGAAGGACUUCACCAAGGAUGCCGACAAGCUCAUCCCGGAGGCGGAGGCCCUCGCAAAGACCGAUGUGCAGGGUGCGAUCGAUAAGUUGCUGGUCUUGGAGAAGCAAGCCCGACAAGCUUCCGAUCUCGCAACUACCUCCCGUGUCCUGAUUGCCAUCGUCACCAUCAGCAAAAACUCCGGCGACUGGGGUCUUCUCAACGACCAAGUGCUUGUCCUUUCCAAGAAACAUGCCCAGCUCAAGCAGGCGACAACAAGGAUGGUGCAGGAGGUGAUGAAGUUCUUGGAUCAGACUCCGAACAUGGAAGUGAAGCUGUCUGUCAUUGAGACACUGCGGACAGUCACUGAAGGAAAGAUCUUUGUCGAAGUCGAGCGAGCCCGUGUGACCCGGAUCCUGUCGAAUAUCAAGAAAACUCAAGGCGAUCUCAAUGCCGCCGCAGACAUCCUGUGCGAACUGCAGGUGGAGACAUUCGGAUCGAUGACACGACGUGAAAAGACCGAGUUUAUCCUGGAGCAGGUCUCUCUGUGCAUCGAGCGCGGAGACUGGACUCAGGCCUCGAUUCUGAUCCGUAAGAUCAACAAGCGCUAUUUCAACCGCAAACCGAAGAAGUCCGCCGAGGAGAUCGAGAAACUGAAGAAGCAAGCGGAGGAGCGGGAGAAGACCCGUGGACCGGAUGAGGCUCCGAUGGAGGUUGAUGACGAUGUUACGGACCUCAAGCUUCGUUACUAUGACCAGCAGAUCACUCUGGCCAACCACGAUUACAAGUACCUCGAUGUUUGCAAGAACUACCGAGAAGUUCUGGACACUGAGGCUGUCGAGAACAACCCAGAGCACCUCCGUGCAUCUCUCGCUCGCAUUGUCUACUAUAUUGUCCUGUCUCCAUACGACAACGAGCAGUCAGAUCUUCUGCACCGCAUUCAACAAGACUCCCGACUUUCGCAGGUUCCCGAAGAAGCCCGGCUGAUUAAGCUGUUCACGAUCCCCGAGCUGAUGCGCUGGCCGAUGGUUGCAGAGCAAUUCGGUCCCCACCUGUGCGGCACCGAUGUGUUUGACGCCCAGCCCCAACAGUCCUCCGAGAACCAGGCCAACCGGAGAUGGGAAGACCUGCGCAAGCGCGUUAUCGAGCACAACGUGCGGGUGGUCGCCAAGUACUAUACCCGAAUCCAGAUGGGUCGCCUGACCCAGCUUCUGGACUUGACAGAGGAGGAGACCGAGAAGUAUAUUAGCGAUCUGGUCACUUCGAAGACCAUCUACGCUAAGAUCGACCGACCGGCCCGCCUAGUCAACUUUGCCAAGCCCCGUGAUGCCGACGAUGUCCUCAACGAGUGGAGCAGUGAUAUGAAGAACCUGCUGGGUCUUUUGGAGCGCAUCGAUCACUUGAUUACCAAGGAGGAGAUGAUGGCUCGCAUCCUGCCCACCCGUGGCAAGGAGACCAAGGCCCGCUAA